AUGGAGAAACUUGAAAAUCUACUGACAAAGAAAUUUGACGAGCUACCCACGAUAACUAAAAGGAUGUCCGCAAUUAUGGACUUCAUCAAUUUUUUCGGAUAUUUCGUUGGAGUCGAAAUUAAAUUGAAUUGGCAAAUGAAUAACAGAUCAACGUUCACCCUGCUUCUGAUUUUUAUAGUGACGUGGCUUAUCGGUUACACACUUUAUGCGCAGUUUCCAUCUUUAUCAUGCGUUGAACUGCUUGGUGGCUCAGCCCUAUUACUUUCGAGCGCUGCCAAAUACGUAACUUUUGUUCUCAAUCCCGCAAAAUUUGCACAAUUGAUGAAGUUUAUUGAAAACGUGUGCGACAUAAAUCAAUCAGGAUAUAGAGAGAUCAUCCUUCGAAAUACAACGGCAACAGUUGUUCGUCACUGUAAAUUCGUUUUUGGUGGCAUAGUCUCCGGUUUAGCUCUAUAUUCUUGUUGGCCGUGUUAUGACUUUUUCAUCAACGGAAACUAUACAUUGGUUUCGCCAUUGAGGAUGCCAUUUGUAGAUGAGACAACAUUUAAAGGAUAUUUGAUUCUAACAUUUGUAAAUAUCUUUGCCGCGAGUGUUGCUGUUUUCGGCACAUAUACAUACAGUUGCAUUUUCUUAAGCUACGUGGACGUCUAUGAUGGUCUAUUAUCGUUAGUUGUGGAUGACUUUGGCUUGUUUGACCGAAUGCACGAUAAGAGGAGUCAAUUUCGCCCAGAGUGCGCGUGUAUAUUCAGAAAUACAAUGGUGGAACUGAUGGAUAUGGCCAGAUUCAACUUCGCAAUGAGGGAAUUGUUCGACGACUGCGCAACUGUAGAGAUUGUGUGUUGCUUUUAUGGGAUCGUAGUGGUGCUUUUCGGAUAUUUAGCAAAUGACUAUAUCGGUGGUAUUGGUGCCGCUGCAUACUUCAUUACUGAAUUACUGAUGUUUUGUUUCAUCGGACAGUUGCUGCAAAACACGAAUGAUCGGAUUUUGAUGGUUUUGUAUGACACAAAGUGGUAUACUUAUGACGUUGCGUAUCAGAAGGACAUAUUGUUUGCCCUGCUCAUUUUUCAAGACCUUCAACCAAUAAGCGUUGCAAGUCUGUAUCCGUUGAACUUUGAAACUGGUUUACAGGUGGUCAACAACAUCUAUUCGUCUUUGAUGAUUAUAUUGGAAUUUUUAGAUAAAUAGGACAUUUUGUUAUCCAAACACGAGAACAUUAAAUUACUGAUUGCACUAUAAAGGGACAUCAAUCAAUUACCAAUUAUUCAUUCAACAAAAUUCGUUUGAAUGUUCACAUUUUUGUCGCACCAGAAAAUAAAUGAUUGUGCACCGCGAUACACAAUGUCGAUUUUUGGAGCUCUA